ACGCCAUGACCAUGUCUUUCGUUCUUUGUAAUUUUAAUAAAAAUUUUAGAAAGCUCCAACGAGAGUACAGAUACGUAUAAAUACACGCAUGCUUACUGACACACGCUCUAUCCCUCCUCCAAUGGCUACGUGCCAGCCAUCAGCCCCUCCUCCACUCCCCCCCCACUAUCCGCCUGCGCUUAGGGUUUUAGACGAAGACGAUUUCUGAGUCAACUCGGACUUGUAUAUUUUCACUCACUUCUAGAUAUAUAGCUCAGGCUCAGAGUGAUUUUUUCCCUUCCACUUAUUCUGGUUGGUCCUUUGGCCGCUGCAUAAACUGUUUAGGGUUGGUGAGUGGGGUCUGUGAUGGCGUCAUCUUCUAAGCAGCAGCAGCCCAUGGUAUGCUUCAAUUCGAACUGCAAAGAGGUUCCGAAGCGGCAGAGGAAAGGCUGGCGCCGCCGCACCGGCGAGUUCGCUGACCUCUGUGAACGUUGCGCUUCUGCUUAUGAAGAUGGCAAGUUCUGCGAAACGUUUCAUUCUAGUGCUUCUGGUUGGAGGGCUUGUGAAUCUUGUGGGAAGAAAAUACAUUGUGGAUGCAUAGUAUCUUUCCAUACAUUUGUACUUUUGGAUGCAGGAGGAAUUGAAUGCAUAACGUGUGCAAGGAAGAGUUUUAUUUUGACACCAAAUCCUGCAUGGCCACCUCCUUCACAUUUUCCUCCUCUGCAAACUGAAGGAACUAAAGAGUCUAGAAGUUGGACUCCAAUAGCUGGUUCUGGUCGGGUUCCAUGGCGUCAAGCUCCGAGUUUGUUCAACGGCGGACUCAUUCAGCCCGAGUUGCAGCCGAAAACGCCAUAUAUUGAUCUGACUGGUAGCACUGACGGAUUUCACUUAACUGAUUAUACGAGAAAAGAGGACACUUCUGGAAUUCCCCUAAACAAAAGCCUGAAGAGUUGUGUGCCAGGAAAACCUGAAAAUGAGACUACCGGUUUUGGUUGUGCUGGACCGCCCAACCCUUUUGCAAGUUGCCCCGACCGAACAAGCGUCCCAAAGAAUGAUUUUUGUUCUCCAAACUUUCGGUUCACAAUUGGACCUACAACCAGAAAUGAAGUAAGUAAUCCUAGCAAGAUCUUCACGGCACACACUCAACCAACAACAAUUUCAUCUCCCGUGGGGAGGCAGUCAUGCAGUCAGAACAGCGUGGAUUCUUCUGGAGAGGCUCAAACAUGCAGCGUGAAGUAUCGAGGAGAUGUGGGAGGGAAGCACCAUCUACUUCCUCGGUACUGGCCUCAGAUUACUGAUAAAGAACUGCACCAAAUUUCUGGAGACAUGAACUCGGUGAUUACUCCUCUGUUUGAGAAGAUGCUUAGUGCUAGCGAUGCUGGCAAAAUAGGGCGUUUGGUACUACCUAAGAAAUGUGCUGAGGCUUAUUUUCCACCAAUACCUCAUCCAGAGGGAUUACCACUGAAGGUGCAAGACCUAAAAGGGAAUGAGUGGGUAUUUCAAUUUCGUUUUUGGCCCAAUAAUAACAGCAGAAUGUAUGUUUUGGAAGGGGUCACUGCUUGCAUGCAAUCAAUGCAGCUGCAAGCUGGUGAUAUAGUGACAUUCAGUAGGAUAGAGCCAGAAGGAAAGUUAAUUAUGGGGUGCAGAAAAUUAACAUCUACGCCUUCAGUGGACCAGGGUCUUGGAACAUCUAAUACUCCAAUUGGAGUGGCUAAUAAUGGCAGCGCUGGCACUAAUAGUGUAAAACCUGGGGAAAUCUUGACAAAGUGCUUUGGUAAAGGAAAUUCAGCAUCACCUGCUAUUCUGAUUAACAAUCAAGCCUGUAGUUUGGAUUCCAGAAACAAUAACUUUCCUGAACUUAAUGAGUCAACUUGCAUAAUAGCUUCGGAGGUGGUAGAAAGCAAAUCUCCUGUUCGCCGUAAGAGAAAGAAUAAUACCAUUUCAAAUCCUAAAAGCAAGCAAGUGAGAAUUAACAGUGAGCAGUUAAUAGAACUAAAUCUCACAGUAGUGCAAGCUCAACAAUUGUUGCGGCCAUCUCCAAAUAAUGCCCCAACUGUCAUUGUGAUUGAAGGCUAUGAGUUUGAAGAAUAUGAGCAUGAUGCACCAAUUAUAGGAAGGCCUACUAUUCCCUGCACAGGCAGUAUGGGUGAGAAGUUCCAGUGGGCUCAAUGUGAGGAUUGUUAUAAAUGGCGCAAGAUCUCUGCUGAUGCUCUUCUUCAAGCAAGAUGGACCUGUUCUCAAAAUCUAAGGGAUCCUGACAGAUCUGUGUGCUCUGCAGCUGAGGAGUUAACCGCAGAGUGCUUGGCAGGCUUAAUUCCUUCCACUGUUAAGGCAGCUGCUAAAAAGAGAAAGAAGGCAUCUUCAAGACAUGAUGAUAUAAAGUCACCAGACACUACUACUAGUACAAUUAUAGUAGAAGCAAUCGGCACUGCCCUUGAAAAUCUAGUCUUACAUGAAUAUGGGGAAGGUGGUGGUGUGUCAUCAUCCCAGCCACCCACCACGAAGCACCCUCGUCACAGACCGGGCUGUACCUGCAUUGUCUGCAUCCAGCCCCCAAGCGGAAAGGGCCCCAAGCACAAGCAACACUGUGAUUGUAAUCUGUGCAAGUCUGCAAAACGGCGUUUCAACACUAUGAUGCUGAAAAAGGGUAAAAAGCCAUCAGAGAAAGAAGAUGCAGGACCUACAGAGGCUGAGUGCAACUCACAAUCUAGUGAUAGUUUUCGUGGUGAUGACAAGAUAGCAAACGAGAAGAAAUCAUAUCCGCCACUUAAGGGCGGGAUUGAUCUGAAUAUGAAACCGGACCGGGAGAGGGAUGAUUUUUCACCCUUCCAAUGCGAUUCUCCUUCUGGUGGUGGUGUUGGGGUGAUGAGUUUGCUACAAGAUGCUGCAGAUAGACUCGUAUGGCAUCACGGGUUGCCAGGUAUCAAGGAUUCUUCAUCAGUUGUUGCUCAUCAUCAUCAUCAUCAUCAUCAGGUGAUAAAUUUGAAUGGUUGCGGUCCACCUUCAGAUGGAAGCCGCGGUCAAACAAUAUCUGAUGUGGACCAUCAUAUGGUGCCUGAUAACCUUUCUCCGGUGAUGCAUGCCGAGAAGUAGUUAGCUGAGUUGAUAUUUUUGGUGUAUAUUCUAUGGCAUCAUCACCAUCCAUUUUUUGGCUUAUGUAAAUAAAAAUGAGUAGUAAAUGUGUAAUGAGUUUUCCUAACAUAGAGUAACCGUAAUGCCCCUCUUGUAUGGGGUAUGGGCCGUAUGGCCGUAUCAGGAUGUGAGUUCUGCUUAGCUUGUAUAUUGUCCUUAGCUGUCUUCGAAGAAUAAUUUCUUCAACACAUCAUCCUUCACAAUUAAGUCAUAAAUCUCUAUUAUAUAUUCCACAUAUUAUACUUGUGGUUUAUAUUUGUAAAUGUAAAAACGUAAGUCCUUA